UGCUAAGGUUCCUGGUUGCCAGUAGGGCGUGCAUGUGCAGGUAUGGCCAAAUCGGUCACAAUCAAGGCAGCCGCGGAACGCGUGUGCACAAACGCAACUGCUACAAUCACAAACAUCCAUCUUGACAGCCCCAUUUCUCGCUCAAAUACCUUGCAAACAUGGCGACCCCGACCACUCCCGGCGUCUUCAUCAACGCUGAAGGCAAGAAGACCUUUGUUCCACUCGAGAACAACCCGGAAGUCUUCACCGACUUGAUCAAGAGAUUGGGUGUUUCUUCUGAUAUCGGGUUCUACGAUGUCUACAGCAUCGACGACCCAGGUCUGCUGAGCAUGGUGCCUAGACCCGUCCACGCACUGAUCUUCAUAUCCCCGGGCAAUGUCUAUUGGAGCGUCAGAAAGGUUCACGAUGGCUACGAUGGUCAAACGAGGACCCUCACGUAUGACGCUUCUGGCGAAGACGAGCCCGUGAUGUGGUUCAGGCAGACCAUUGGCAACGCGUGCGGGCUGUAUUCCCUCAUUCACGCUGUCGGCAAUGGCUCGUCCAAGGGUUUCAUCACGAAAGACUCGCUCAUUGACAGGCUGCUGAAGGAGGCAGUCCCUCUCAAGCGUGUCGAUCGUGCCAACGUACUCUACAACUCCAGAGAGCUUGAGGAGGCGCACAUGGCUUCAGCUGUCCAAGGAGAUUCGAGAGCUCCCCUCGCUGCAGAGCCUCUUGGCCACCAUUUCAUCACUUUCACCAAGGGAAAGGAUGGUCAUCUUUACGAGCUCGAGGGUGGCUGGAAUCCGAUCGAUCGUGGUGAGCUCAAGGAGUCGGAGGAUAUGCUCAGCGAGCGAGCAAUCGAACUGGGCGUGAAGAAGUACGUGGAUCUGGCGGAGGGCAAUCUGGAGUUCUCGAUCGUGGCAUUGGCGACGCGCUCUGAGGGGGAGGACUAGAAGGCAGGAUAGUCUGCUGUGCUGAGCACAUAUCGCAUGAUUCUGACACGUUGAAUGGCGGAGUUGGUGUAAUUAUAUUGCAAGUGCAGAGGAA